UGUAUCUUGUAUUUGUGAUUAUUUUUGUAGUUCUUUGUAUGUGUCUGAAUGUGUAUGCACACAAAUGUUUGAGUGUGUGUGUGUGUGUGUGCUUGCGUGUGUGUGUACGUAGUUGUUUGCGUAGAGUCAGCUCUAGUUUCUCACCAGCAUAAGGUUACCCAAUGCUGACUUUAAAAGACUAAGCCAGUCUGAACCCAAAUGUGGAACAAGCAACAGGCAGAAACAACAGCCGACAGGAGACCUCUCUCUCACGAGAGGUCACGCACCUUGGAUUCUUAUUCAUUGUGUUGACCUCAACUUUAAAAUCGAAUGCCGAAGAGCAUUUGAAAUAUUGAUCCAGUGGGUUUGUUCUGGUGAAGGUUGAAUUUGGUGGUUGUCUGAUAUCUGGAGGCACAUGACGGUCCAGGCUGGAAGGAUCGAGGUGGCACUAGUUGACUUUGAGGGUAUGGAGAAUACUAACGGUGUGGACAAUUUCAAUGAUCCAGACUACCCCAAUGAGAUGAUGGCUUUGAUGGUAGAAAUGCCAGAGUUUGGACCUGGCAGCACCUACUGCAAUUCUGCAAAAGUGUUGCCAUAUAAAGAAAAGACCCCACAAAAUCUGGAAAAACCGCAAUCACCUAUCCUACCCCCUCACACGAGGAAAGGUCGUGCCAGCUGUGCUAGUCUGAUUUCCAACUGGAAGUUACUUGUGAACAGUGAAGGAUCACAAAGUGAGACAAUCUUCAGUAAAAUGGCCAAAGAAUACGAGGACUUGUUUAUUGAUAAGCAACCUCUUGAUGAAGGUGAUCAGAAGGUCAUCAUAAACAUUGCCGGUCUUCGCUUCGAAACCCGUCUGAGGACCCUCGACCAGUUUCCAGACACCCUUCUGGGCAGCCCAAUGAAAAGAAUGGGCUAUUUUGACCCCAUGAGAAACGAGUAUUUCUUUGAUCGCAAUCGCCCGAGCUUUGAUGGGAUCCUGUACUACUAUCAGUCAGGGGGGAAGGUCCGCCGUCCCUCGAACGUACCUUUAGAUGUCUUUGCGGAUGAGAUUACCUUCUAUGAGUUAGGACAGGAAGCCAUGGACCAGUUCCGCGAGGAGGAAGGCUUUAUCAAAGACGUGGAGAUCUCACUGCCAUCCAAUGAGUUUUACAGGCAGUUCUGGCUGCUCUUUGAGUAUCCCGAGAGCUCCAACGCAGCCCGAGGGGUCGCGCUUGUUUCCAUCUUCGUCAUCGUCAUCUCCAUUGUUAUAUUCUGCAUGGAGACUCUCCCAGAAUUUCGUGAGGACCUGGAGCUUUUUCCGAAAGCGGGUGUUUCCUUCAACAAGACGCAUCCUUCAGGUGCUCCUCCUCCAAGUGCCUCUCCCAAAACCAUCACCAGCACCUUCUCUGACCCCUUCUUCAUUCUUGAGACUGCAUGCAUUGUCUGGUUCUUCUUCGAGUUCUGUGUGCGUUUCCUGGUUUGCCCAAGCAAGCGGGAUUUUUUUAACAACAUCAUGAACAUGAUUGACAUAGUCUCCAUUGUUCCCUAUUUCGUCACUUUGAUAACUGAGAUUGUGACCACCACCAAAAAGUCAGACACGGGGCAGAACAUGUCCCUGGCCAUCCUGCGUAUCAUUAGACUGGUGCGAGUCUUCAGGAUCUUUAAGCUUUCCAGACACUCCAAAGGGCUGCAGAUCCUGGGCCAGACGCUCAAGGCUAGCAUGAGGGAACUUGGCUUGCUCAUCUUCUUUCUCUUCAUUGGAGUCAUCCUCUUCUCCAGCGCCAUCUAUUUUGCUGAGGUGGAUGAUCCCAACACCCAAUUUGUUAGCAUCCCUGAUGGAUUCUGGUGGGCUGUAGUUACUAUGACCACUGUGGGAUAUGGAGACAUGUGUCCUAUUACACUAGGCGGUAAGAUUGUGGGCACUCUAUGUGCCAUUGCUGGGGUAUUGACCAUCGCCCUGCCUGUGCCUGUAAUAGUCUCCAAUUUCAACUACUUUUACCAUAGAGAGAGAGACCAGGAGGAAAAGCAGCCCAUACCUGAGACAGUCGAUCAAUCUAUAAAGUCAGGGAACCAUAUAAAACAUGGAAGCAGUUCUUCUCUGAACAAGACAAAUGGGAGCUGGCAGACUGAUAAAUCAAAGUUUUAAAACCCAUAUUGAAACUUCAUUUUCAUGAGUGUAAAUCUCAUAUUUCACAACAAAAUCAAGAGAUUAUAUUUUGCAUAAAGGAAAUACUCUUUAUUAUCACUGCUAGUUUUAUCAUAACAAAUAAACACAGUAUCAUUCCAUUUCUCAGUAAUGCAUCUGGAUGUUUUACCUUAAUUGUUUUGUAACUGUUAUUAUUCUCAAUGGUGAUCAAAUUCCCAUUAAUGUAGUAUUUUAUAUAUCGUUAUUAUUUAAAGUGCCCCGAUUGUGCCAUUUUUAAAAUUCCUAAUAUUGUUUUGGGAGUCUCCUACUUCAGGUUAAUAUGCAUGCAACACAUUCAUUUUCACAUAAUAUACAUUUAAUUUCACCGCAUUUAUCAACGAUUCGUAAACGAUUCAUAUGAAUCAGUUCAAAGAUUCAGUUUCUCUAAACCCCUCUUUUCUGGGCCUACUCUGCUCUGAUUUUGUUAUUGGUCUACCUCAUACAGUGUGUGUCAGAAACAAAAUGCCCAUUGACAUAACUGAAUAACAGCUCCAUAGAGAAUGUAUGGAGAGAAAAGAUGGUUUAG